UCUUAAUGAAAUGAAUUUCUUUUCAAAAAAAAAACUUGUAUUUUUUGCAAAUGAAGUUAUGGUCGGACAAAUUAAUAAUCUAAUAUGGGCGCGAAAGUAUAUUGUAUAAUAUAAUACUGGCUCCUCGCUCAUUCUGGAUGAAACCUCUAACGUGUCAGUGAUGGGGUUUCUCUCGCUGCCACUUCAGCUAAUAUUUCCACCUGUUACCCCUCUCUGUAUUGCCGUCUGCUCCGAUUGCAGUAGUGUAAUCUCAUCACUGCAAGCAUUUGUUCUUUCCUGCACUUUCUGUUUUCCGUGUGUAUAUCUGCAUGCUAGUGGAGCUUAAAUGUUUUCUAUCUUAGCCUUUCUAUACUGCGAGAAUAUGUAAUUUAAGUAUUCAAGAGUUCUCCUGGGGAACUAAAGUUGGACCUUACGGUGUUUCGUGAGUUAAUUGCUACCAUAAUGAUCCUGCUCCCGAAGCCUUUCUCACUUUGCAUCCAUGUGUGCAUCUUCUGGGUGAAGACUGCUAUGGUUGUUAUGUACAUAUCAAUGCAGCUGGUAAGAGCUUUGAUAUGCUUCCCAAUGAAUAUGUUGUGGAAAACAAUGAUUUGGUUGGCUGCUCUUCUAUAUCUUCCAGUGAGACUUUUGACUGCCUUACAACGGGAGAGACUGGUGGAACAACAUUUGCUUGAGAUGCAGUUUGAGGUGGAGACCCUUCUAUGGGAAGGCCAAAAAUUUCAAGAAAAUAUCCAGACAGUCAUAAAAGAACAUAGAACUUUGGGGUCUAUGUUAGCAGAAGUUGAGGAGGAACGUGAAAGGGCCAUUGCUAAAAUUGAGAAGCUAGAGGAUGAGGUAAACAAUUUAUCUUCUUCAACUGGCUUCUUAUCUGUUGAACUGAAGCCCAAGCACACUAUUAUUGACAAACCAAAGGUACGGGCUUUGAAGGAGGAAAACAUUUGGCUGAAGGAAAUUCGUGGUCAAGAAAGUUGGAGCUUGAAAGGGCAUGCUGACCAAGAUAGUGGCCAAAAUAUUGGUACCAUUGACGACCAUCAUCUUCCUUGCUGGAGUGACACAUGGCUAUCUUGGCAUGGGAAAAGUAGCCAAAUCUGCCAGGAUGGAAUGAUGAAAAGAGAUGAAAGCACGGAGGAGAACAAGAAUCAUACUGGAUUGUUUAGUUAUCUAAAAGCUGGAUCAACCAGUAGGGCUCCUGUACAACCCUUUACACUCAAUACUGACCCCAGAAAAAUGGAAAUUAGUGAAAUUCUUCAUAAAAGAGAGAUUGCACUUUCACAGACUACUUUGGGUGCAGUCUUAUCGCUUUUGGUUGAAAUGAUUAUCUGGGAAUCUGAAGACCUUUGCGUACCCCUCUUAGGAGCCCUUUAUGCUGUUGUUGGUAUGUCACUAAAAAGUUCUUUCGAGUUUUUCUCUAGUGUAAAAAACAGAGCUGGUUCAGAUGCAGUGGCUCUCUUAAGCCUAAACUGGUUCAUUCUUGGCACACUCAGUUAUCCAACGUUUUCCAAGGUUGCUUGGAUGUUCGCCCCACUGAUCUCAAGAGUUAUGGACUGGAUGGUAAGUUUGCUAGGCUUCUAAAAAUCUGUUGGUCGGUAGAUCUACCUGCCUUGUGAUAUACUUACAAAUGCAUGCACCAUAAGUUUCAGGAGUUUUGUAUCAUAUGAUCAAGGU